UUUUGGUCAUUUCAACCGCUCACGCCCAAUAAUAUUUCCUCGAGCUCCAGCAUGCUCUCUUCGCCAGCUUCAUCUCUGCAAACGCAUAACGCUCUUCAUUUCUUCUUCGUUAGAGAAUUCUCACCAAGUUAACAUCAAUAACCUCCGUUAAUUUCUCCUUCUCCAUCGCAAAUUCUCUAAUCAGUUCCUAACUUGGUUGGUUUUUGAACCAAUAGGAGCAGAAUGCUGGAGCCUAGAUUGGCGACUACCAUUUUUCUUUGGUUACUUGCUUGGAGGUCGGCUCCGAUGGUGGAAACGGCGAUAGGGGUGAACUGGGGAACGGUGUCGUUUCGAAAACUGAGGCCUUUGACAGUGGUGGAUCUCUUGAGGGACAACAAUAUCCCCAAGGUGAAGCUGUUCGAGGCGGAGGCCGAUGUUCUCACGGCUCUGAAAGGAAGUGGGAUUCAGGUGAUGGUUGGGAUCCCCAACGAGAUGUUGUCUCUCUUGAGCUCGUCCCCUUCUGCUGCUGAUUUGUGGGUUCGUCAGAAUGUUUCUUCUUACAUGGGCAAAGGUGGUGUUUCUAUCAGGUACAUUGCUGUUGGAAAUGAACCAUUCCUGACUAGUUACAAUGGUCAAUUUCAGAACUUAGUCGUGCCUGCUUUAAUCAAUCUGCAACAGUCUCUACUCAAAGAAAAUCUUGCUGGUUAUGUAAAACUUGUGGUCCCUUGCAAUGCCGAUGCCUACGAGUCCACACUUCCUUCACAAGGCGCAUUUCGUCCUGAACUGACCCAAAUCAUGACUCAGCUUCUUCAGUUUCUCAACUCUAAUGGCUCCCCAUUUGUAGUUAACAUCUACCCUUUUCUAAGCCUUUAUGACAGUGAAGAUUUUCCCCAAGACUAUGCAUUUUUUGAAGGAACUAGUCAUCCUGUCACUGAUGGUGCCAAUGUUUACACCAACGCAUUUGAUGGAAACUAUGACACUUUAGUGGCAGCCUUGACUAAACUUGGUUAUGGUCAGAUGCCUAUAGUCAUUGGUGAAAUUGGUUGGCCCUCAGAUGGAGCCAUUGUGGCAAAUAUCUCAGCUGCAAGAUUAUUCAACCAAGGCCUCAUAAACCACAUUUUAGGUAACAAAGGUACACCCCUGAGGCCUAAUGCCCCUCCAGUGGAUGUUUAUAUCUUCAGCUUGCUUGAUGAAGGAGCGAAAAGCACAGUUCCGGGAAACUUCGAAAGACACUGGGGAAUAUUCUCUUUUGAUGGGAAGGCUAAGUAUCCAUUAAACCUAGGCCUUGGAAACAAAGAACUGAAGAAUGCUAAAAAUGUUCAGUAUCUUCCAUUUAGGUGGUGUGUGGCAGGUCCUUCUACUGACUUGACCAAUGUGGCCAACCAUAUGAGACUUGCCUGUAGUGUCGCAGAUUGCACAACGCUUGACUAUGGAGGUUCAUGUAAUGGAAUUGGGGCUAAAGGUAACGUUUCAUACGCUUUUAAUAGUUACUAUCAGCUGCAAAUGCAAGAUUCAAGAAGCUGCAAUUUUGAUGGCCUAGGAAUGGUAACUUCCCUGGACCCUUCAGUUGGUGGUUGCAAAUUUCUUGUGGGUGUUACUGAUAGAGUGUCCAAUUCAUCUUGCUCUCAUACAACAUAUGAAUUGUGGGUUGUAGGAUUAGUUUUCAUUUUACAAGGUAUUUUAUACCAUUUCAAUGUGAUUUAGAAGGUUUCAUAGGUGGGCCUUGCGUCUUUUAAUUCUCAUGGUGCUUCUUCUCCUGAAACUGUUAGAACUAGGAUAGCUCAGAACUGAGAUAGUAGAAAGAUGAUAUUAGGAAUAUUCAAUGGCAUUCUUGGUUAUUGUAGGCUGGCAUACAGGAUUCAAUCAUUGUAUCAUACAAGGGAUGGUAUAUAACAGUUAGUUAUUGAAGAAUACUCAUAAUUUAUGGCUG